UAUGUUCAAAAAUGUCAUCGUCUAUCUGCUGCUGUAGAAAUGGCUCUGAGGAGACGUAUUUGCUCGCCGAUUUCUCGUUUACGUGAAUAAUGAGAAUUAACUUAAGGUGCGGAACUUUUGUGUGGUUUGCCUAUAGCCCUACAUAUGCUAACGGUUCACGGCUAAAUGCAUGUUGUGGCUGAACUUCAAUCAGCUGCUUCUGUUUUGAAGUUCAUCCCAUCAUGGAGAGCGCGACUUUUCCCUCGACGUAUUCCUGGUUGGAUUUUGUUUUUACUGUGAUCGGCGUGUGCACAUUUCUGUUUGACGUGGGCUCGGAUCUGUGGGUUGCGAAGGAGUUCUACAAACAUGGAGAUUUCAUGUGGUUCGGGGUCUUGGUGGGCUUCAUGCUCAUGUCAUCUGUCGUAGUUCAGCUGUUUAGCUGGUUUUGGCUUAAGUAUGAUCGUCAUUUGAAGGACUUCGAGUCUCAAGCGUCCUCUGGGAACACCGUUCUCUUCGGCGAAGCGAAAAGAGUCAAAUUGUUGCUCCUCCUGCAUUUGUGUCAUCUGGGCUACUUCAUCAGGCACGUAUCAGCUAUCUGGCAGGGCUUUCGUGUGUGGUCGCGAGGGGGGUGUGGGUCUGAGUUUGCAGUUUAUCUGACCCAUGACCUCAGCAUGCUGCGUCUCAUUGAGACGUUCUGCGAGAGCGCUCCCCAGCUCACCCUCAUGAUGUACAUCAUGCUACGCAACAACCACGCAAGGAUGGUACAAUGUGUGAGUGUGGUCGCCUCCACUACUUCCAUAGCCUGGAUGGUGGUGGACUAUCAUCGGUCGCUUCGUUCAUUUCUGCCUGACAAGGACAAGCAGGGUUGGUUGUCCUCACUGGUCUACUUCUUCUGGAACCUCUUUCUUAUUGGCCCACGCGUAGCUGCAAUUGCUCUCUUUGCCUCUGUGUUGCCCUGCUACAUUGUUGCUCACUUCCUGUUUUUGUGGCCUUGCUUUGUUAUAUGGGCCUGGAGGCAGGGCACCAAUUUCAUGGACAGCAUAGGGGGGGAAUGGCUCUACCGGGCCACCAUAGGUCUCAUCUGGUACUUUAGCUGGUUUAAUGUGGCUGAAGGACACACCAGGAGUAGGAGUAGCAUCUACCACACAUUUAUCAUCACAGACACUGGCAUCCUGUUGGCCACAUGGUGGUUUUACCGCGAUGCAGAGACGACCCAGUCGUACGCCAUUAGUCUGAUUAUCUCCAUCCCACUUUGUUAUGUCUUGGGCUUAAUGAUAAAAGUUCUCUACUAUUGCUGUUUUCACCCCAAAUUGUGGCGGUCAGUGAAUUUGGAGAAAUGUUCAGAUGGAGGGGAGCCACACAUCUUUCUUCAGGCCGAUGGUGCUUCUGGUGGAGGGGAGACGGACAUCUUUCUUCAGGCUGAUGGUGCUUCUGGUGGAGGGGAGACAGACAGCGUUCUUCAGACCGUUGGUGAUUCGGAUGGAGUGAAGCCACACAGCGUUGUUCAGGCCAGUGGUGCAUCUUUUCAAAGAUUUAACAAGAGGAUGAGCCAACAUGCUGCUAACUUUUACACAACAAACACAUCCUCUGCAAUUAAAACAAUUGAACGUAAAGCAAAUAAUGUAUUGGUACGGUAA